AAAAUGUGAUUUAUGGUUUAGAAUUUCCAAAUAUCGUGAAAAAACCAAAACCUUCCCAGGAUCGAGUCACGGAGCAAUCUCAAAAGAAAAUAGAUUUGAAAGUUGCGGAGUAUCGUGAUCAUAGCCACUUCAGUAGCAGUUUAUGAGUUUUCCAAAUUCCAUCAGAUAAUUUCGGAUCAAGCUACAGCAACUCUACAGCCACAGCUCUGGUAAAUUCAUCUUCUAUUAUACUCAGUAGUAGCUACAAUUAGUGAAGUAGAUCUCAUCUCAACCAAGUACGCGUUUUCCUCAACCCGAUUUUGGAACUCGAUUAAAAGGGGUUUUCAUAUGACAAUUACAUCAUUUUUCUAAUGGAAGUCCCCAAAUCCCCUUCCAAAUGCAAACGAAUCGCCAAACACAAAUGGCUUAUAAAAUUCGGUUUAGUAAUUUUGGUGAUGCUGCUAUUAUUUCUAGGUUUUUAUCUUGAGUCAGAAACUGGAAAACUCAAUGCGUCGUCGUAUUACACCGUGGUUGUGGAUUGUGGAAGCACUGGGACACGGGUGAAUGUGUAUGAGUGGAUGGUAGGGGUGAAAGGAGCAAGCAAAGGGAACUUGCCAGUGUUGCUGCACUCCUAUCCUGAUAAUACAACCAGGAGGAGUUCACUUUGGAAAGGUUCUUGUCAAUAUCACUGUAUGCAAACUGAACCCGGGUUACACAACUUUGUUAAUGAUUCUUUAGGAGUGAGACAGGCUUUGGAGCCCUUGAUUGUGUGGGCGGAGCAAGUGGUGCCGCGAGAAAUGCGCGGCAGUACUCCUGCUUUUGUCUUGGCUACUGCUGGGUUGAGGGGGCUCACCUUGGAGGACGCUGAUAGGGUAUUGGGAGAUAUUGAGGCUGUUGUGAAAGGCCAUAGCUUUAUGAUGAGCAAGAGCUGGAUAAGGGUUUUGAGUGGGAAGGAGGAAGCUUAUUAUGGCUGGGUGGCUUUGAACUACAAAAUAGGCACCUUUGAUGAUAACUAUCCCAACUCUCCCACUUUGGGACUUGUUGAUAUUGGGGGCUCGUCGUUGCAGAUUGUGGCAGAGAUAGAUGUUGCUGUUGAUGAUGUGCAUGUGAUGAAAUCAAGGCUCGGAUCAACGGAACAUCGGAUUAUGGCAUAUUCAUUGCCUGCGUUUGGCCUAAAUGAAGCGUUUGAUAGGACAGUUCUUAGGCUCAGAAACAAUCAAAGUGAGGAAAGAACUGCCAGUAUCUCUGACCUCAGACAUCCUUGUCUGUUAUCAACUUAUGUACAAAACUAUACAUGCCAUUCUUGCUCUGCAUUGGCUUCCAUUUAUGAGAAAAAACACAGUCAAGACCGGGAAAGUGAGCUUUAUUCUUUACGUCUUACUGGAGAACCUAAUUGGGAGCAAUGCAGAGAACUAGCUAUUGGUGCCGCCAUGAACUCGAGUUCCAAAGUGUCACAUCUGACAGUUAGCAAAAAUUGCCAAGCUAGUUUAUUUUCUGGUACUGGCAUUGAUAUACUUAAUUUAACAGCUGUUGCACAACCAGCCAAGUUUCAUGCAUUGUCUGGUUUCUUUUUUGUCUACAAUAAGCUAAAUUUGAGCCCAAGAACCAACUUAACAAUGGUUUGGGAAUCAGGCAAACAAAUAUGUUCAAAUUUAUGGUCUGGUUUGAGCAGUGUUUCUGAUAAUCCAGAUUAUGCUGGACUAUUUUGUUUCCAGGUGGCUUAUAUGGCAUCAUUGAUUGAUUAUGGUCUCUGUCUUGGGGAUGUUGAAAUGAUAUUUGGCCCAGGUGACAUUUCGUGGACUUUAGGAGCUGCAUUAAUUGAAGGGAAAUUUUUGUGGUUAAACAGUACAAGCUACGAAGCCCAUGCUAUUAUUUCAACUUUAAAGAAUGUCAAGGUCACGUCUUCUCCUACUGUUCUAUUUGCUGUACUCGUAUUACUUUCAUUGAUUGUUUAUUGUAGUCAAAUUAGGCUACCAAUGCCAAGUAGAAGGGAUUCUGCUCCUGGCUCAUCUUUGCCAUCUUAUACUCCUAUAAGACGUCGAUCUAACUAAUAAUAUUUCGGCAUUUUUGUGUCAGUCUUUGCAUAAUUCAUUUUUGAAGAAUGACAUAACAUUGGAAGUUUUAGAAAUCAAUGUUUAUUUACUUUGACUCACUCAAUUUUAAACCUGAUACUUUAAUAGGAGGAAACCAACUUUGUCCCCAAUGUUUUGGUACCAAUUGCACAAUAUUAAUGAAAAAUAGUUUAGGGAUUGUCAUGUAUUGGCAGUUUCAUUUUCAGUUCAUGUAACCUGAAAGUAUUUUAUGACCUAAAAGCCAUCCAAGUCAUAUUUGAGGAAUUCUGAAAUUAAGAAUAUGGCUUGAGAAGUCAAAAAUAUGUUCUCAAUAUGAAUAUUUGUCUAUGAUUCGGUGCUUGUACAAUCUUAACAUUUGAUAUUAAUGACUUACCUUGCCUGUAUAAAUUAUUGUUUGAACAUCAAAAUAGAAGAAAUAAGUAUAAUAUAAUUGUAGUAUAAAUAUACUUGCUAUAAACAUUCUAAAUUCCUUUAAUUGAUAUUUCUUUUGCCCAUUCCUCUUUUUUUUUUUAAUUUUUUUUUCUUGAUUUUUGGGUCACCUGGUGGAUCCGGGGACUGAGAUAGUGAAAGAUAGCUUUCACAGGCUGCUAACUCCUUUGGCCUCUAGACUGACCAGUUAAAGUUUUUUCCAUAAGCAAAGAGAAAUUUUAAAUAAAACAGUAGCAUUGAUAACAUAAGAUCUGCUAUAUGAGUACAGGGAAUAAACGCACCCAAGAAUUAUGAGGUGCGUACAUGUUCUUGUUCACUACCAUCAUAUAUUACCAAAGACAAAUCCCACCCCUACAUGAACUGACUAGUUAGAGUUAACCUUAAAGCAAUGUUGUAUGGAAGAGAGAAAAACGAAGAAACUUAACACUUUGUAAUAUGUUGAUUGUAGUUGAAGACAUUUAGCUAUAAAUACAUGAUAUUUUUUGAAGGAAUGCUACUACGAGUCUUUUCUAAACACUUUCUUUUAUUUAGCAAAAUUCACAGGCAUGUCAUCAUUAAAUGAUGUAGGUCCCUCGCUUUAUUUGGUAGGUCACACUCCCAUGAACAUGUGUGUUGAAAAGAGCAUGCUAUUGAUGUCUCUCUUUUAUUGUAUUGCUUCUUGUUUGAUUUAGUACUUUUAUUUUAUAAUCAUAUCUACUUGAUUCUUUGCUGCAUUUGAUUCCAAUUUUCCUAGUUAGUGAAGUUCCCCUGGCCACACUCAUUUAUAUAUCUGCGGGAAGGAGUGUUGUGCCUCAUGGAGCAUUGAAUUAACCCCUGAAACCUGAUCUUACGAGGCAACAUAUUAUACUCAUCAAUGGCAAAUUUAGCGUUCCUUAUGGCUACUUGAAGUUUGGACCUUUUAUUUUUUUCUUCCUCCAAACCUAUCAUUAACAUUUAAUUCAACUAAGAAUAAGCUUUCACAAACUAGGACAAUAUACGAGAGACAUAAUUGAAGUGACUCAACUUGUAACUAACUAUGGUUAAUUAUGAUUAGUUAUGGUUACUUAGUUAAUUAUGGUUGGUUAGUUAUGGUUAGUUAACUAUCCCAGUAUCAGUUGCAAAAUAAGAUGCAUUAUUUAUUACUGAUACAUUUUUCAAUGUCAUGUCAUUCUUCAAAAAUGAAUUAUGCAAAGACUGACACAAAAAUGUCAAAAUAUUAUUAGUUAGAUCGACGUCUUACAAGAGUAUAAGAUGGCAAAGAUGAGGCAGGAGCAGAAUCCCUUCUACUUCGCAUUGGUAGCUUAAUUUGACUACAAUAAACAAUCCAUGAAAGUAAUACGAGUACAGCAAAUUGUACAAGAGAAGACGUUACCUUGACAAUCUUUAAAGUUGAAAUAAUUACACGGGCUUCGUAGCUUGUACUGCUUAACCAUAAAAAUUUCCCUUCAAUUAAUGCAGCUGCUAAAGUCCACCAAAUGUCACCUGGUCCAAAUACCAUAUCAACAUCCAUAAGACACAGACCAUAAUCAAUCAAUGAUGCCAUAUAAGCCACCUGGAAACAAAAUUGUCCAGCAUAAUCUGGAUUAUUAGAAUCACUGCUCAAACCAGACCAUAAAUUUAAAUAGAUUUAAUUAAUUUAGCUUACUGUAGACCAAAAAGAAACCAGACAAUGCAUGAAACUUGGUUGGUUGUGCAACAACUGAUAAAUUAACUAUAUCAAUGCCUGCAAGGUAAGUAAUGAAACACAGUAAGUUCCUAUCAACACAUAAUAGAAACAAAACUUUUAACCACCCUUCUUCCAUGUUAUCAGGGAGCUAUGGUUGUGAAUUAUCAACACUUACAUAGAGAAAAGGUGGACUGUAUGAAAACCUUAGUCAUCAAAAGUGAUAUAGUUUCAGACAA